AAAAGCAAUAAUUAAUGUGAUUGAUAACUAUGAAAUAAACUAUAUUUGCUUACAAAAUUCAUGUAAAAAUGAAUUCAAUAAAAAAAAAUCCAUAUGUAUCACGUGUUAACCAACUAGAUGCAGUUCAUUUAAAUAAAGAUAUUUACCGUCUUAUUCGUGAAAAUAUUUUUGAAGCACUUCAAGAAAUUUCACCUAUAGUCUUCUCAAAAAUUCAGCCGGAAAUUGAUCUUUUUAUACAAUCAGCUAUAUGGCUUGGUUCAGUUGGUAAACAAUCAGCUACUUUUGGUCAACAAAUUCUUAGAUUAUCUUAUGAUACUGAUAAGCUUACAAAAUCAAGAUUAUGUUUACAUUUUAUAUUAAGUAUUUUACCGCAAUAUAUGAAAAGUAUAAGUGAACAAAGAUUAACUGGGAAAUAUUGGAUUCAAAAAAUUUUAUUUUAUGCAAACAAUGCUGCUUUAGUUCUAACUGUUGUGAACUUUUUUAGAUUUUUAAAAAAUGGAAAGAAACCAACGUUAAUUGAUGUUUUAUUGGGUUUGGAUUAUGUAACUUUAGAAGGCGGACAAAAAAGAAAUUUAGGAUAUGAUUUUAUGACCCGAGAAUUGAUUUGGGGAAUUUUUAUGGAAUUAAUUGGAUUAAUAGUUCCAAUGAUCAAUUUACACAAAAUUAAACGAAUAUGCAGAUUUUAUAUUAAACCACAUAGUCUUAGCAAUAUUAUAGAUAAUUUAAAAGCACCUGAAAUGAAUUUAGAAACAACUUGUGCAUAUUGUAAAGAAAGACCCACUCUGCCACAUUAUGCUAAUUGUAAACAUAUAUUUUGUUAUUACUGUUUGCAUGGAAAUUUUUUAACAGAUUCAGAUUUUACAUGCCCUAUAUGUGAUAUAAAAGUGGAAAAAAUUAUUCAAUUCAAAGUUUGAUUAUUUUUGAAAAUAACUUGUAGGAAAGAAUGGUUUUUGGGAACGAAUCAUAAUUUUCAUUUUUUU